AUGGCACAAUUUGCUUGUUUACCGUUGUGUUUUUCAAUAAUAUUUUUUCUUGUUACACUCUAUAUAAAUUCACUUGUUCAAGUAUGGGCCGAUCGAAAUUCUCCAUUUUGGAUGCCAGCAUUGCCUGAUAUUGGCCAUAAAUUAUUACCUUACUGGACAUUUUAUUCAAUAAAUAAUUAUUAUCUUUUAACUGCAUUUAUUUCAGUUAUUAUUCGUUAUAUUUUUCAACGUGAUAUACGUUUAAUUGUUUUUCGUCGAUGGCUUUUUCUUCAAGCUGUUAUGUUUAUCAUGAGAAGUAUAUCUAUUUAUGUUACAUCAUUAAGUGUACCAUUACCAGGUUGUAAUACAACAGCUGUAGGUUCACCACCCAUUGAAGCUUUUUAUAUCAUGAGUUUAGUACAUGCAACAUGUGGUGAUGUUCUUUUUUCUGGUCAUACAGUUACAUUAACAUUAUGUGCUCUUGCUUGGACAACAUACUCUAAAGGUGAAGAACAUUAUCCAAUACGUUGGUUAUGGUAUAAAUAUAAAGGUAUUGAUGAAAAUACAACUCGUCGUAGACCUGGUUGGCUUUAUCCAAAAUUAGAUUCAACGGGUGAUCCAUUAUCAUUUUAUAUAACAACAUUAGUUGUUUGGAUAUUUACUAUAAUUGGUUAUUUAUUUAUUAUUUCAACACGAUUUCAUUAUACAGUGGACGUUUUUCUCGGUUAUUUGUUAUCGAAACUAACAUGGGAUACAUAUCAUUAUUAUAUAAAAUCUUUAGCUGAACGACGAACUAUUAUUAUAUCACGAUUUUUUCUGUGGUUUGAAGGUUAUGGAAGACCGCCAGCCGAUGCACCAGUAAGUUUACUUACUGGACCAUCGUAUGGACAUCAAGAACAGCACGAACAACCAGAACAUAUGGAAAAACCAAGUGAAGUUGCACGUCCGGGUGAUGCAAAAGAAGUUUAA